UUUCACAUUUUUACAUAUUGCUGAAAUUGCAACACUGAAUUGAUGGAAGAGAAAAAGUAGCAAAUAAUAAUAGUAUAAGUUUCCAGCGCUCAGCAGCUGACUUUUCUCGCCUAAAAUACUCUCUCGCUCUCGCAUCAUAGACCUUGUUUCUUCAAUUUAAUGUGGCUGCGAAUUAUUGAGGCUUUCAAUCAUAGUUUUCAGUGACAAGUUGCAGAGGUUCAUGGUAUUCACUUGAAACCAUACAAACAAAUCAGAUUCUAAUUAAAGUUGUUCGUGGUUGAUGGGCUUCUCAGUUAUCGCACAACUACAACUCUUGCAAAAGGGCAAAAAAGAAACUGAAAUGAAAGGCCUUCUUUGUGCCAGAGUGUGCUGACCUUGAAUGUUCCGAGUUUGCGUCUUCUGUGGACUUUGACCUAUAAGGCAAUGUUGUCUGGUAAUAAUCCUGCUAAUGGCCACAAGGAUAACCGUAACGGUGGAAAUCAAGAACAAAGUUUGGAAUCUGCAAGCAGUUACAACCUGGAAGCAUCUUCUGUACCUAAAAAUUCGAAGGGUAAAGAAAACUUGAGCCACUCGCCAGACCAAGAUAUGAUGGAACUUUACUCCCGGAAAAGAGCUCAAGAGAAAGAAAUUAUGUAUCUUCGUGAACAAAUUGCUCUUGCCAGUAUCAAAGAAUCCCAGAUGCUGAAUGAGAAAUAUGCACUUGAGAGGAAAUUCUCCGAGUUACGAAUGGCUCUAGAUGAAAAGCAAAAUGAAGUUAUAAAUUCUGCAUCAAAUGAGUUGGCACGGAGGAAAGGCGAUCUUGAAGUAAAUUUAAAUUUGCUUAAUGAAUUAAAGGUUGCUGAAGAUGAGAAACAUAUCUUCAAAUCAUCCAUGCUUAUGAUAUUGGACGAGUUUGGGGCUUUGCCUCAUGUUACCAAUGCAUCAGCCCUUACCAACAGCAUCAAGCACUUACAUGAUCAACUCCAAUUGAAGAUUAGAACAUCACAUGCCAGACUUGUAGAAUUGAAUUCCAUGACUGGAGAUAAUUCCAGAAACAGUUAUAUUGAUAAAGAAAUUCCAAGUUUAAGACCCGAGAGUAGCCCAUUUCCUAGCAGUUCGGUGGGUUUCCGCGGGUUUUCUCAGUAUGGGCAUUAUAUUGAUGGGAAAAAUAUGGAACCAGCUGAUGACAUGUCAAGAUAUAUGCAAGCUGAUGAUCCUAACAAAAACCUGAGGCAGAGUGUUGAGAUGCAUCAACCACCUGAUAAUGAGCAUUUUCAAAGGACAUCUCCCAACUUUGACAGGUCAAAAAUAGAGUACAGAAAUCCCGAAAGCCAUAUGGUAGACAUUAUGCAUGAAAGAAAUGGGCUCCUGUCAGGAUCUGAGCAAAGAGCUGUUGAGCAAUAUCCCCGUUCACCGAUGAUGCAAGUAGAUAGAGUUGCUUCUUUUGGUUCAGAAGAAGAUGGUCCUGGAAUUGAGAACUUUCAAAUAAUCGGGGAAGCUAAACCAGGAUGCAAACUGUUAGGCUGUGGAUUUCCUGUACGCGGAACAUCUCUCUGCAUGUUUCAGUGGGUUCGUCAUUAUCCAGAUGGGACAAGGCAGUAUAUUGAAGGAGCCACCAAUCCAGAGUACGUAGUGACAGCUGAUGAUGUUGAUAAAUUUAUUGCUGUUGAGUGUAUACCAAUGGAUGAACAAGGACGACAGGGUGAGCUCGUCAGGAUCUUCGCCAAUGAAAACAACAAGAUUACUUGUGAUGCGGAUAUGCAGGAGGAGAUUGAUGCUUAUAUUUCUAAAGGAUCGGCAACAUUUGGUGUCCUAAUCAUUCUAGAUUCUUCUGCUGAGAUUUGGGAGCCAGCAACUCUAUUGCUGAGGCGAUCGGGUUUUCAGAUUAAGGAUGGGAGAAAACAGGAUGUUAUAAUCUCAGAUAAAUAUUCUAAAGAAUUAUCGAUCAAAAUACCAAACGGCUUGCCAGCGCAGUUUGUCCUGAUCAGUUCAGAUGGCUCAUCUUAUCCUUUAAGUACAAGUGAUGACAUACGACUGCGAGAUACAGUUGUGCUGACAAUGAGAAUCUUCCAGAGCAAGGCUCUAGACGAGAAGCGGAAGAGUAAAGCUUGAUCGGCCAUCUUCUUGUAGGUGCAGUGUUUAUAGCCAUUCUUCAUUCUUUCUUGGAAUAGGAAUACAAGCAGUUUUGCUAUAUGAUUGAGAAUAAGUAAUUAAAAUAUAGUGCAUCUCCAUUUUCCUUGUGUUGUAUUGUAACACUGUAAAUGUACAGUCCCAUUGCCUCUCAUCGAUCACGUUCCGUUUUAUUAUGUUCAUAGGUUUAGAAGUCGAAGAGGGUUUUUUGUAUGUCAAAUGCUCAUUUUUGACCUUGUAUUGUAGCUACACGAACACGAUAAAUAUAAACUUGUAUCUUGUACA